UUUAAUUUUGAUUUUUACUGUAUUAAGUCUAUCAAACCUGAUAUUUUUGUGUUGGUGACGGUUUAUGCGAGUAUUAAGAAAGGACCUGGUGCUAAUGAGAACUUCAACCGAAUCAUAGCUGAGGAAUUCCAUGGUUGGACAACUGUUUUUACGGACGCCUCAAAGUUAUCGAAUACUGACAAUGUAGGAAUCGCCGUCUGGAUCCCAAAAUACUCCAUAAUGCUAUGUCGCAAAUGCCCACCGCUGACAUCCUCUUACACGGGAGAGGCAUUGGCUAUCCUGGAAGCUGUCUCGUAUAUUCUCUCUCAUGACAUGGAUCAAUCUAUCAUAUGCUCCGACUCCCAAAGCUGCUUAAAUUCUUUAUGUUCUAAUCUAUUCCGAGCCAAAAUUAAACAUCCUAUUAUCCUCAAAAUAAAAGAACUCUUAUUUGAAUGUCAUGAGAGAAAUAUUCGGGUGACAUUGACCUGGAUCCCCAGUCAUUGUGGUAUCCUUGGCAAUGAGUCAGCAGACUGGUGCGCCAAGUCUGCCUCUAGGAUAGCAUCUGAGUCCCACAAUCUAGUAUAUUCCCAAGAUCUCAUAUCACUUGCUCAACUGCGCCUCACUGAAUCAUGGAAAGCCUCCUGGAAAACAUCCCAAUUAAUGAAAGGUAAGUUUUAUGCCUCAAUCCAGGGUGAUAUUCCAUCCAAACCUUGGUUCUCAAAAUUCAAAAAGGUAAGCAAGCCAGUUACUUCUGUGAUCUGUCGAAUAAGGCUUGGUCAUUCAUGUACCCCUGUCCAUUUGGCUAAGAUUCGGGUAAGGGAUAGCUCACUAUGUGAAUGUGGCAUAGACGAGGGCACAUUAGACCAUAUCUUCCUCAACUGUCCUAAUCUCUCCCCUUCCCUAUAUGAUUUCCUUCCUCCAGAUAUCCCUAGACCCACUAACAUGAACACUCUUUUAGCUAUGUUAAACACACCUAUAAUUGAAAUUCUUACCAACUUUAUCACAACUAAUAAACUAAAAUUAUAAUUUACACCUAGAUUAAUUUACUAUAAAUAUAUAAUAUUUAUUUAUUUACAAUAUUGAGUAGUCCUAUUUCGUUUGUUUUUAAUUAACUCUCAUAUCGUUUAUUAUCUGUCUGAAUUAACAGUACUAAUAAUUUUUAUGUUGUGUAUCUAUAUAUUGUGUUUGUCUCUUUUUGUUUUAGGUAUAUCUGCGUUUUGAUUGACAUCGGUCUAUUAUUGUUAAUUUCUCAAGCGUGUAUUAUCUUCCCAACGUGACAUUGGCAGAAUUGUACUCAAACAAAAUUGCCACCCUUCGAAAAAUUGAAUUGAAUUUGACAUUAGCGUACGAUCCAAUAGAAUAAGCGUUCGCCAAGUUCUAAUCCACUUGGCUACCUGUCGUUUAUCGUAUUCGAUAAGGCGUCAACGUUUGUAGAAAGAGAAACGCUAUAAAUCGUAUGCCACUUGGCUAGGGGGGCUGGUAAUUUUAAUAUGUUCUAUGAAUAGGGCCGUAAUAGGAGAUGAUAUAACCUAAUACAGAGUUACCUGGAAAUAACUACCACCGUAAUAGGA